CGCUCUCCCUUAGAGCUCUGACACUGAAUUAGGUUUUGUAAAUUUCUCUAUCAACUCGAAAACUGCGGUCCGGGUCACUUUAAUGAAAAAAAAUCAACGGUUCCACCCAGGUGAGUAAGAGAUGCGUGUUCCAACUCUCCCUGCGGCGCACAGCCAUGCUGAGACCGUUUGAUCGUCACGGAAGACGGUUUUGUUUUUUGUUUUUUUUUUUUAACGAGGCGUUCUCAAUAAACAAAUGACACUUCGAAUGUGCCAUUGAUCGGAUCUGGAUUAAUUUGCUUCCGAUGGCUAACCAUAUACCGUCUGGACUUUUGGAGGCCUCUGUGGUGGUGGGUGCAUCCAGUGAGAGGCUCAGAGAAGUUUUCCAGGAACAGCUACAGGGGAAGUUGAGAGAGCUCCCCCUUUUGGAAGCGGAGGUACUGCAGGUGCACGCACCGCCUUUUGUGAGUAAGGAGACUGUCAGUAACGGGCAAAGUCACACUCCAGCCUUCACUAGGGCUCAGAAGCGACGAUCCUUCAAGAAGAAGAGGGAGAGGCCCGUGGUGUCAGCUAACGAUGUAGCCAAGAGCAAUGAGACGGCGGUGCCCAUCACAGAGGACCUUAGUGUCCCCAAGGACAUUGAUGUCAUCGCUCUGCCACAGCUGUGUUUCCCAGAGGGAUUGAGGAUAGCCAGCGAGAGUAAAGAGGACUCGUACCAUUUCCUUGUGUUUACGGACGUGUUCGGGAACCAGAGCCAUGGAGUGGUGGUGCAGUUCUACAGACCAAUACAUGAUGGAGGUAUGGUCCACAAUGGUCACUGGUCAGCCAAAAACCCUCGCCUUUACUCUGCCUAUGUGGUGUGUGUCAUCUCUAAGUACCCAUACUACAGUGCCCUGAGAGACUGUCUGUCAUGUGUGCUGAGUCAGCUGAAAACCUGCCGUUUCGCUGAACUUGAAGAAAGGGUAAAGGAGUUCUCUGCCAAGCUGGCACUGGUUCCAGUGCCUCCGCCUGGACAGCUCCAUGUGGUAUUCACCUUUAAACCACUGCAGAUAGUGUUGCCCUCCAGAGAGGACAAGGAUCGCCCGGCUGUGGAUCACGAUCUCCACCUGCCCUUCCUGUGCUUUCAGCCUGAACAAGUCCUACAGAUCAUCACGGCCAUCCUGACGGAGCAACGGGUGGUGUUUUUCUCCUCCGACUGGGCCAAGCUCACCCUCAUGGCGGAGUGUUUCAUGCUGUUCAUUUACCCCCUCCACUGGCAGCACCCCUACGUGCCCCUCCUGUCCGGGGGGAUGCUGGACUUCAUCAUGGCCCCCACGGCCUACCUCAUGGGCUGUCACGUAAACCACCUCGAAGAGGUUGCAGCGGAAACAGACGAUCUGGUACUGAUAGAUGUGGACAGCGGGACAGUCUCGUCCUCGGAUUUGGACCUGCCCGAGAUCCCGCAGGCGGCGAGAAACUGUUUUCUUAGCCGGACUGCUGGGCUACAGUUUCACUAUGACCUGGAGCUGUGUCAUCUGGGAAGCAGCAUAGACAUGAACGACCUCCGUGCACAGAGAAGACAGUGGCAGCUCAGACUGAACACAGAGAUACUGCAGGUCUCUCUGGAACUAAUAGUCAACAUCUUCAGGGAAGUUCAAGAUCACCUGAACUAUGAACACAGAGUUUUUAACCACGAAGAGUUCCUUAGGUCCAGAGAGCCGACAGACCACACAUUUUAUCAAAAGGUUUUAGACACACACAUAUUCCAUUCCUUCCUGCGAGACCGUUUGAACAGAAAGAUGGAUGCCUUCCAUCACAUGGAACGGAAAACACGUUCAGAAGCCCAAAAGUGGAGGACUGAUGUUCUGCGUAGACCCCCUAUGCAGGAGAUGGCGCGGAAAUACAACGGCCCAGAGAACCGGCUGAGUAAGAGACUGGGCAUGAGCCUACCCAAUCUGCUUGACGAGAAGGCUUUCACUCUCCAAGUCCGACGUACAUCGCUCAAAACAAUGUCCCUGGAGCGUAACGGUUUUAAAAUCCCACAAAAACCAGUCAAAACCUUCAAACUCCCAGAGUUCCCUCCACCCUUGUCCUACCACUAUGUCCAGAACUAUUACGCUGAGCUGAUCAACCUUCUGGGAAGGGCUGUUGCUUUGGCAACACCAGAGGACUCUGCUCUGCUGGCCCGCUAUUACUACCUGCGUGGCCUGGUAAAUUCGGUGACAGGGAAACGUCUGGAUGCGAUUGGGGACUUCCAGAACCUGUACAAGACGGAUACCGACAUCUUCCCGGCGGAGCUGGUCAACUCUCUGGUGGACACCUUGUCACCGGAUGAACGGGCACAAGCUGACCGGCGCUCUGAGCUGAAACGCCUCAUCAGCAAGGUGAAGAAGGACCACGAAGCGCAGCCCAACGACAGAGGGGGGUCUGUGAAGAAAUUCGAGUUGCCGCGGACACAUAUGCAGCUGGAGGACUUUGUGCGCCGCGUACAGGAGUCAGGAAUUGUGAAGGACCAAGGCACCAUUGGGAGGUUGUUUGAGGCUCUCACUGUGGGUCAGCAAAAACAGGUGGACCCUGACACGUUCCGCUUCUUCUACACCUUCUGGAAGGAGACGGAGGCGGAGGCUCAGGACGUGGACCUGCCGACUGCCGUGCUGGAGAACCUGGAGGCAAACGAGUGCGUUUACAAGAUCUCCUCGUCUGUGAAGACCAGCCAUGGCGUUGGCAAGAUCGCCAUGACCCAAAGACGGCUUUUCCUGCUCACGGAAGGUCGGCCGGGUUACGUGGAGGUCACCAAGUUCAGAGACAUUGAGGAGGUGAGGAUCUCCUCUUCGCCGUUCCUCCUGACGCGAGUCAACUCCCUGAAGAUCAAGCGCUCUCUGAGGAAGGAGUGGUUUGAGGCCAAUCUGAAAUCGGAGUGUGACCUCUGGUGUCUGAUGAUCAAGGAGAUGUGGGCUGGAAGAAAAAUGGCUGACGACCACAAGGAUCCCCAGUAUAUGCAGCAAGCCUUGACCAAUGCUCUUUUAAUGGACGCGGUCGUGGGCUGUCUUCAGUCUCAGAAGGCCAUCUACGCCGCCUCCAAACUGGCCUACUUUGACAGGAUGAAAUCAGAAGUGCCUAUGAUGGUUCCUAAGACGACGUCUGAGACACUGAAACACAAGAUUAACCCUUCAGUGGAUUUGACCUCCCCCCAGGCUGUGGAUGUGCUGCUGUACACUCCGGGUCAGUUAGGUGUGGUGGACACAGAGGGCGGGGGGAACCCGAAGCUUUGGUGUGCCCUGAGUGACGGGAAAGUGGUUGUGUUCGACGCAGCCAGCUGGUCCACGUUACAGAACGGCCUGCAAGUGGGCACAGCUCGCCUGAACUGCAUGCUGGGAGUGAAUCAACAUCAGCUGUGGAUUGGCUCUCAGGAUUCCGUCAUUUACAUAAUCAACCCACGCAGCGUCUCCUGCAAUAAACAGCUUACGGAGCACCGCAGUGAGGUCACCGGCCUUGCCCUGGAGGAGCGGUCUGACAAAUACAGUCCUUUGGUGGCGUACUCAUGCAGCGUAGAGGGCACGGUUACCAUGUGGGACGUGCCCACACUUCAGGUCAAACGUCAGUUCCGUCUGUCGUGUGACAGACUGCAGUCCAUCCAGGUUCACAGUGGAUCGCUCUGGUGCUGUGCACGAGACUCUCUGAUGGAGGUGAGCAGGACUGGAACGAUGCUCAGGAGGAUGGCACUUCCUGAGCACCUGCGUGAUACGCUCACAUCAUACAGCAGCUUCCUGCUUAUACCUGAGAAAGAGCAGCUUUGGACGGCCUGCGCAGACGUAGGCGAGCUAUGUUUGUGGCACGUCCAUUCCCGGAACAGGCCUUUCCACAAGAUUCCGCUGCCUGACUGCGCAGGCGUCGCAUGCAUGAUCCGAGUCAAGAAUCAGAUCUGGGUAGGCAGCCACAGUCAGACCUUGGGGAAAUGCCGGGGAAAGAUUUAUGUGGUGAACACAGAGCAGCCCUGUGUGGAGAAGGAGCUGGUCGCUCACACAGACCGCAUUCAGGCGCUCUGCUCAGCCGAAGACCGCUACGUGCUCAGCGGCGCGGCGCGGGAAGACGGCAAAGUCGCUAUCUGGAAAGUGGACUAGAUGCACCGACGUUUUAUAGGGCUGGCGUACAGUGUUACGAAGUGGUUAUGACCGGUGAGACGGGCGCUCAUGUCACCUUAGCUCGAUUCGCAGUAAUUUUGUGGUGUCUGCCUUUAUAACCACUCAAUACCAGUGUCUCAUUGGCCUUAUUACAACGCACACACAAGAGAGAAAAAAGGAGAGAUACUGGCAGACGUCUGGAAAAAAAGACUUGAGAAACUGAGAGGACAACGUGAAGACUGGCGAACCAUAUGAUCGUUCUCUGGACCGCAUCUCUUUACCGCCCUGUACAGUUAACUCUCCUUCUCUCAGUUCACAAGCACAUGCAACCUCCAGAAAACACUGCCCUGCAGAACUGUAGCUGAACUUGUAUUUGCUUCUGUUUGAUGGACUCCAGUUUAACAUGAAUCUAUUUAAACAGAAUUUUACCCAGUGGUAAUGUUUGAAGGAUCACAAAUCAUGUAUGACUCUGUCUCCCAAAGGGAUGUCAAGAGGACCUAAUGGCGUUAAACGUUGGCAUUUAUUUAUAAAAUGUCAGGUCAUUUUUUUUCUAUAUUUUUAAAAUACUCUAGUGUAAACUCAUGCAGUAACAGUUUGGAUUUGGAUUACUUUUUUUAACAGAGAAGACUUUCACGUUCUGAUGUCACGUUUUGAAAUUUUAAUUUACGUUUGCAUUUUCUCUGCGGACGCUCUGGGAUUUACAAAAUAUUUUGAAGGAAAUUCUAAAAAGCCAACAAAAUAGUUCAGUUUCGCUGUCGCCAAUAACCUUCAUUUAAAUCUCAUGAAGAAACUAUAAGUGGUAGCGCGUGAUUCUGGAACAGUUCUUCCCUUGAAAAGCAGCGCUUUCUAAACUGUUGGUCUUCAUUGCUAGUUUUUUGUUUGUUUUAAAUUGUGAUUUGUUUUGUGUCUUUGUCCGCUGUCAUAAAAACAUCUAACUCUGAAAUAAACAUAAAUUACCAUAUACAGACACAGACACACAUAUGCGUACACAAAGUGAACAUGGUGGUUUUGGAAAAUGAGGUCCCAUUUUAUGA